UUGCAACAAUUUAGCCAGGCAUUUCCUUUCAUCCUUUCAGUGAAGGGAAGGCAUUGCGUCACAAAUGAGACAUACCUUAUUAACAUCAUACUUUUUUAUUUCGUCACCUGCUUUUCCAUAUUGGACCAUUUAAUAUGGUUUAGAUGUGAGCGAUGCCGGUUUGCCAAAUUUCCGACGGAAUAUGCUCUUAUUUCCCACUGCAAGAAUGAUCACGAAUUGAAGGAGUUUUUCGUUAGUUAUUGCUCAUAUCGUUUACGUCGUUUUUUAUCGGUACCAAUUUUUUUCAUAUUACCAUUGUCUCUUACAGUUGAACCGGCAGUGUCGUCAUCUGAACAUGUCGGCGUCAUGCAAUCGAGCUCAGGAUCUUCUGCGAUCAGUUAUGUUGUGAGUUCCGACGAAUGUUGUGUGUGUUCUGCUUUCAAUAAUGAAUGUAAACCAUCGUCUCCUUUCCAGCCUAAGGAUGCGGUGAUAUGUCAGAUAUGUGGUCUAAAAGUGUCGAAUCAGCGUUCCAGCCUCGUAUAUCAUGCAAAUACAAAGCAUAUUAAGCUGAAUCUCUAUCAAUGUGCAGUAUGUCAGAAGACGUGGCAGACUAUAGCAAAGUCAGAUGUCUUGAAGCACGUGAAGGUUCAUCAUACCUAUUAUAGGCGAUCCACAACGUUAAGAAUGUUCACUGCACGUUGCUUUCCACCGAAGCCGUCUCCAUUGGCGUGCGAACCCUCAGCAUAA